ACGUCAAUAAAACACAGAGCCAUUCAGACUGCGCUGCACUCGGGACAGAGGGUUCGUUCUGUACACCGACAUUAGAACAUUUUCACCAGUCUACAUAGUGAUUGAUGAAGAUGAUGCGGUCGUACAGUGUUCAUCUGCUGCUGCUGUUCGUGUUAUGCGGAGCCCGAGAGUUUGCUGAAGCCUGCAGCUGUUCGCCCGCACAUCCUCAGCAGGCGUAUUGCAAUGCGGAUGUCGUCAUCAGAGCCAAAGUCAUCGGACAGCAGGAGAUAGUGACUGGCAGUGACAACUAUGGUAACCCAAUCAAGAUGAUCCAAUAUGACAUUAAAGAGAUGAAGAUGUUUAAGGGCCCCAAUCGACAAAUUGAUGCCAUCUUUACUGGCCCAACCUCAGCUUUGUGUGGGGUUAAUCUCGAGAGCAAUGACAGAAAGGAAUACCUGAUCACAGGUAAUCUGGACGCAAAUGGCACAUUGCGUGUAAAUCUUUGUGACUACAUUGAAUCUUGGGAGUCUCUCAGUCUAACUCAGAAAAAGAGCUUGGGGGAGCGCUACCAGAUGGGCUGCGAGUGCAAGAUCAUCCAGUGUCAAUCAGUUCCCUGUUCCAUUAAUGAUCCUGCCGAGUGUCUUUGGACUGACUGGGUGUUGGAGGGCACCGUUCAGGGUAACCAGGCUCAGUACUACACCUGCGUUAAGAGGAAUGAUGGCAGCUGUGCUUGGUACCGUGGAGCCGUCACACCUAAAAGAGAGUUUCUGGACAUUGAGGAGCCAUAAGCUAAACCCCAAUUUCAUCAUUAAUUCAGAACAACCACACAAUACUUUAAGCAACCAACCCACACCUUAAUUCAUCACACACAUUAUAGACUGGUGAAUCUCACAAAACCUGUAAUUUCCAUGUCAUAUUUCAAGUUAUAAUCAAAAGAAAGAAAUAAUAUUGAUAAUUAUAUUUUUGUAGAACAUCAAGCCUAUUUUUAGGACCAUUUUAGGACAAAAAGACAUUCAUUAUAUCAUCGUAUCAUUUUUAAUGUCAAAAAAUGAUGAUAUGUCAUUUAAAUAAAUAGGUAUUUAAUAUUAGUCUGAAAAGGAUGAUUUGUAUUGCAAUAAUGAGAAUCUAUUGAGAAUAAUGUCAAACAAGCUAAAAAGUAAAGCAUCGUCAUUGUGCAUUACGAUAAUGAGAAUUUGGCAAUUGAAAUGCAUUCAACUGUCACAAAGCAAAAUCUCUUGAUUUUGGGGUGUAGUAUGACCUUGACAUGAUUAUCAUAUGAUUUUGCCAGACAUGGAAAGAUUCAUACAUUUGGUUGCAUGUUAAUAUUUCAGGUGAAACUUACCUUUGAUGAUGAUUAAUGAUUAUGACAGUGAUUCUGCCAUAAAUUCAGUUUCUUUACAGCACUUUCAGAACCCCAAAGCGCUUGUUUGUUAUUUUUGGUUAAUUUUGCUCUCUAAUAAAGAUGAAAUUGGGUAUUACAUCAGAUCCAGAUUCAUUCAGACCCAGAGAUACACCAAAAUAAGUGUCUUUUGUCUUUUUAAUUAGUUUUUUCUUACAAUGCAAAGCAGAAAGACUAGAGUGAUCAUGCGAUAUACUAAAAUAAUAAAAAUAAAAUAAAAAAUGGGCAUAUGAUUUGCAUGCAUUGAAGACAGGCUUAUAUUUUAUACUGAAAUUCUGGAAAAAUGGCCAAAAUUAAACAGAAAAAAGAGAAAUGGUUCCUUGUUGAGGAAUAUCAGAAGAUGAAUUGGGUAAAUGGGUGUGCAAGGAAUGCGCAAAUUGUAUACUCUAUUGUGCAUAUAGCAACAUACAUAGAUCUACAGUAUACAGGAUAUACUGUAUACAGGAUUUUGUAAUUUAUAUCAAAAUUAUUCCACUCUGAAUUUGUUAAGAAAGCAAAUUCAAUGUUUUUUCUUCAAUGUUAUAUUUUUCUUUCUUUUAAGUUGACUGUGAUAAAGUAUUGGUUAAACUGGGAUUGGAAGGCAUUUAUUUUAUAUUUCAUAUAACCUCACAGCACAUUGCAUUCAUUAAGGUAUCAAAUAUGAAGCCUCAUCUCUGGUUGAGAAAGUGUUUCUUUCCAUGAUAUUUUUGUACAAUUGUGUUAUUUUCCCCUUGUUUUUAAUAUGAGAACAUUUUUGAAGUAUAGUUUGAGAUUUCCGGUGCUGGAACCACUUGGGAUGAUUUGUUGAGAGAUAGCCAUGCAUGCCUUUUAUAGUCUAUUACUCCUUUUGCUCUAACUGUUAUGGUAUUCAUGAAUAAAGGAACAGAGAUGUCCACUCAA